AACAAGUGAAACGAAUGGCAAAGUUUGUGCUGGCUGGAGCUGCUGAUUGUCCAGACUAUGCGCAAGCAGAGCUGUUGGCUGACGAUCUCGUUAGAAAUCUGCCGAGCUUUGCUGUCCACAAGAUCGUGAAGUCUAGAGAUGAGUGGGACGAGUGGGUGCGAUCAGAAUGUGAGAAGAGAGACUUUCGGCAUGAAGGAUCGCCCAUUGUGUGGAGGGAACUUGUACAGAGAGGUGGAAAGGGCUACUAUUUGGGCAACCAUAUCGACUUCGCUGCAUACGUCCACCAUUACUACAACCUCGGUAUCACAUUUACUCAAGAACAUUACGAAUCAGUUGCUCAAGAAAAUGCUUCAACUCAUUCCAAGUUCAUCACAAAGGCACAUCGUGCAGCCAGCGAUGCACCCAAACCACUCAACGUCGUCAUAACAUCAGCAGCUUCGAGCAUUGCAAGCCAUCUCAUUUACAGAAUUGCUAACGGCGACGUGUUUGGCGACAGCGACAUCCGUCUCUGUCUGCUCGAUUCUCGAGAUAAAGUCGGUGAAUUAGAAGGCAUUGCUAUGGAAACGGUUGAUUGCGCAUGCGCGUUGAUUAAAGACAUUCAAGUUUUUUCCAGCAGUUCUGACGCGUUCAAGGACGCCCGGGCUGUCUUCAUAAUCGACGAUACGCUCGCGAGUUUGUCGGAUAAAACGGACUUGUUCAAGGAGUUUGGCAAAGCGCUCGAGUUGGGCGCCGAUCGUGACGUGAAAGUUGUCGUUUCUGGCAUUCAUUCUCUGCCUCUGAUGUCACUCUUGAGUACGAAUGCGCCGUCAUUAUCAACAGACAACUUUUCUGCCGUCAGUCGUCUACUCGAAAUGCAAGCCAAGAGCCAAAUCGCUCAAAAACUGGGAGUGAACACGAGCGAUGUCAAGGACGUGAUCAUAUGGGGAGGGAAUUGUCCGUUGACGAACGACUCGAACGUACGAACGAUAAUCGAUGUGAAACGAGCUCGAGUGCAUAAUCACGUCGGAGCCAUCUGCGGACCGCCGUUCUAUUCUUGUUCUGCUGUGGAGGCUCUACGCGACAGCAAGUGGGUGGACAUUGAAUUCAACGAUAUUGUACUGAAAGAAUCAAAGGAAAUCGGUCGGAUGCGAAAUGCAAUGCCUGUGAUGUCAACGUCUGCUGCUAUUGCUGAACACAUGAGAGACUGGUGGGCGGGGCGAAAGUCACGUGACAAUUUUGAUGACCAGGAUAUUGUGUCGGCUGGUUUGAUAUCAAAGGGUUGGUUUAGUACGCCGUAUGGUGUGGCGUGUUCGUUUCCGGUUCGUGUCGGUGGCGGCGAAGACGGCGAGAGGUUCGUUGUUGCGGAAGACGUGGAGAUGACGGAGGAAAUGAAGAAGCAGUUUAGUGACAUUGUAGAGCAGCUAGUGCAGAACCAAGACUGUUGGGAAUGAGUUUCGUUAGGAUACUUUGUAGUCAUCGUACACAAGGCAUCAGUGAUUCACUUUCAAUGGCAUUUUUUGUAAUGAUUA